AGUCAUACAGAGAGGAGACAUGGCGUCUGAGACGAUGGAGAUGAACGGCGGUGCGGAUACACACCGACAGGACGGAGAGGCUCCGAGGCCGCGCCACUGGAGGAGGACGUCGGCCCCUCUCAACAUGAACCACUAUGCUAAUAAGAAGAGCGCGGCGGAGAGCAUGCUGGACGUAGCGCUGCUGAUGGCUAACGCGUCGCAGCUGAAGGCGGUGCUGGAGCAGGGGCCGACGUUUAAUUUCUACACACCUCUCAUCACCCUCAUCAGCAUCUCGCUCGUUCUGCAGAUCGUGGUCGGAGUGCUGCUCAUCUUCAUAGUGAAGUGGAACCUGAAUGACGAGAGUAAACACUAUCGACUGAACAUACUGGAGAACGUCUCCACCGCCCUCGUCUUCAUCAUCGUCGUUGUCAACGUCUUCAUCACAGCGUUCGGCGUACAGAGACCCAAAGAUGCAUGAUCACCACGCCGAUCACUCUCUCCACAUCUGCAUCACUCAUCCCAAGUGGUUUUAAGUAGCUUUGCUAGUGAUCUCUGGUGAACACGGCCAGUACUUGAUUUAAAUAUUUGGAGAUCAGGUUACAUUACGUUAAAACAAAUGAAGUUUAAAGAAAUGAAGAAUCGCUGCAACCCAGAUGGACUUUGGGUUAAAAUGUAGGACUUUUUAUUACUGAUGUAAAGGCUGAUAGGAAGCCGAUGUUCAUUCAGGAUAUGAUGUAAAUCAAGAGUCACACUGAAAUCCUACUCAUUUUUACCUGUGAUGAAUAUAAAAUUUUAAAUGUUUUAUCCAUAGCUAGCCGGCUAGCACAAGCUUGACAAGUACAGACACAAAAAAUCACCAGAGCUUCAACCCUGUGUAACACAUUUUGUUGGUUUUGAGAUGAACGGUACAGUUUCUGAAACUAUAGAAUUAAGAUUAAAUCCAAGAUGCAUUGAAGUUGUUUGGGAAAUUUAUGGUGGCCCAUCAUCUCACUACACUGUAUAGUGUUUAUUACAUUUAUAAUCAAUCCCUGAACUAACAAUGCUGAUGGUUCUUUAUUCUGAAGCUGAGCUGUUUUCUUCUAGAAGCUAAAGCUGAUAUUAAGAAGCUAACCAUCAAAUGAGUUGGCAGAUUUGUCUAAUCCCUCAUGGGACCCUACAUCAUACCUCAUAUGCUGUCAUCACUUACUGUACAUCCCCUAAAUACUUUGUGUAAACAUUACUCCUAGAACUUCCCCAAAAUCUCCAGAUUAUCACAAUUGCUAAGAAGAAAUGAAAGUACAAAGGGCAGCACAGUGCACAAUGGCACAUUAAUGACCUGGAUUCGAUCCUCACCGCCAGUCACUGCCUGUCAGAAGGUUUAACAUGUUCUCCUCAUGUCAGUGUGGUUUCCUCCUACCUCACAAAACAUGAAGGUGGAUUGGCUUUUUACUACUGCCUGCUGUUUCAGGUGUACUCCUGCCUUGCGCCAAGAGUGCCCGGGUGGCACUGGUCCCACUCCCAUCUCCCUGACCAGGUUUAAGCAGUUUAAGAAAAUAAAUAAAUAAAUACAAAGUGCAUUUACAUGGUGAGUCUGGACUCAUGAGCUCAGGACUGAAGUUAGAGCGUCCUCUACAGGUCAUCACAUCACAUCUCAGAGAAAAAACCCCAAACCUGCUGCCUUUAUUUCACUGUUAUAUUCAAUCAACACUUGAUUUAGUUCUUUAUUCACGGGUUAUUUUUGUGGUGUCGCAUGUAAAUGCACAACUUGGUGUGUAUCUGUGUAUUUCUAACCAUUAUAAUGACCAAAUAUUCAUUUUCACUUUAAUAUUUGUGUAAAUCAUUGUUUUAUAUAGCACUAUUAUGUUGUUUUUUUAUUAUAAAAUACAAAAAAUAAUAAAAAAUAAGUAAUAA